UAAACUAAAUAUAAAAAUAAACAUGGGUGCUUGGUUUAGUUUUAACAAAGAUUACAGAAUACUUAUACAAGGUCUUGAUGCUUCUGGCAAGACUUCACUGUUGUACAAGGUGAAGCUUGGAGAGGUUGUUACAACAAUACCCACUAUUGGCUUUAAUGUGGAGACAAUCCACUGGGAUGGAGUUUCUCUUGUAGCCUGGGACAUUGGUGGGAGAGAUAAAAUGCGUCCUCUUAUCCGCCAUUACUACGCCAACACACAAGCUGUCAUCUACAUGAUAGACAGCAAUGACAUACAAAGAUUAGAUGAAGCCAUAGACGAGCUUAUAAAAUAUGUCAUAACUGCAGAUGAGCUAAGAGACACUGUGGUCAUGGUCCUGGCCAACAAACAAGACCUACCCAACGCCGUCCCAUCACAAGAGAUUGUAGACAGGCUGAAAAAAAGAUUUCCUCGCGUCUCGCAGACAAUAUUUGUGUUGCCGUGUUCAGUGUCUACCAAUGCUGGUGUGCACGAAGCUUUGAAUGAGUUUGUGAAACAAAUCAAAUUGAUGAAAGCUGGGAAGGCAGAGAGGAGUUACAUUGAUGUGCACAAAUCUAUGGAGGAAGACUGUUCAAAGGGAGGGAAUUCAUUAUAUUCUAUCUGGCCUGAAUACUUCAAGAGUUAUCUUUCUUACUUCACUCAAAUUUUUUCCAGUGAGAAACAAAAAAAUAUUUCUGUAGAGGUAAGUGCUGACAGGUCAGCCGAACUCUUGGACACUGUGACGUCAUCAAACACAGGAGACUCACAGGAAAUGGUCAACACUGACACUCAGCUCACCAAUGCCCAACAGUUAGACAUUCAGCAGACCAAUGCCCAACAUGUAGAACCUACUGACCAGUCUCAGCCUGUGUUAGACUCACACAAUAAAAGUGCUGACCUACACAAGUUAUCUGGUGACCUUAAGCUCACCAGUUAUGACCGGCUUGAACUCAAUUCUACCAGGACUCUGAGCUAAGUCUCUAAGACCUUGACCACCCACAGAAGCACAGCCAACCUACUGCAAUAUUUCUUGGUUAAAUGUACAUUUGAAGCUCCUGUUUCACUGACAUUAUUAGCAGUAUAAAAACAUCCAUAGGGUUUACAUAGAACAUGUGAAUAGUCCAAAAGAAAUGUAAACAAUGACCAUGUUUUUUGUAUGGGACAGCAUGGCCUAGUGGUAUACUUGCUAGAUGUCUAACCUGAAAGUCUUGAGUUUGAAUCCUGGUUCAUCAAUAGAAUGUUCCUGAGUCUACCAAGCUCUGAUGGGUACUUAACUCACAUUAGGGAAAAUAAAGGUGGUUGGGCAUAGUGCUGAUUACACUAUCCCUUCAU